ACAUCAAGUGGAGCCCUGCACUACCAAUUCCUCCCUUUCAUAUUCAGACCCUAUUCAUUCUUUCAGCCUUCUUUUUAAAGGAAAAGAAAAAAAACAUAUUAGUGCAUAUCUAUUUAAUGAAGCAGGUAGCUACUAGCUAAUCAGGAACUACCCGUCAAAUAUCAAUUCUUUGUCCGUCAGAUGGAUAUUGUUAAGCUUAUUUUUUCCACCAUUUUUCUUUUCUCCUUCUUGCAAAUCAUAGCAAGCCAACAUCUUUGCCUCAACUCUGCUUGCGCACGCAAUGAACCCGUGAUCCGAUUCCCUUUCAGGAUCGAAAAUCGCCAGUUCAAGUCAUGUGGGUAUCCAGGUUUUGAUGUAUCCUGUGAUACCAACACAAAUCAUACAUUACUCGAGCUACCUUAUUCGGGAACUUUUACAGUUCAAGCAAUAGACUAUGCCACUCAAGAAUUAUGGAUCAACGACCCGAACAACUGCUUGCCAAAACGAAUUCUUUCUCUUAAUCUCUCAAAUUCUCCAUUUGUUGGUCUCUUUUAUCAGAAUUUCACUUUCUUUAAUUGUUCACUGACCAAUUACACCAACUUUCAGCUAAACCCGAUUGCCUGUCUUAGUAGUUCAACGAAUACAGUGUUUGCUACGUCGUCUUUAAGGGUUAUAAAUCAUCUAUCAGGAUUAUCAAGCUGCGAGGCGUUUGCAAGCAUGGAGGUGCCUGUGGAGUGGCCGUUUUAUGGGCAAAUACUGUCGUCGGACCUCAGCGAUGAUCUGAGGUUGACUUGGGCUGUACCCAGGUGUGGAAAGUGCGAGUCUCAUGGUGGACGGUGCGGGCCAAGGAGUAAUUCUUCGCGUCUCAUUGUUUGCGCUAAUCCAAAAUUACGUGGAAUUCCAAAGAGUGCUCGUUACAUCAUCACAAUUGGAGGAGGAAUACCAGUGGCAUUGUGUGUGCUAGGUCUGCUAUGUUUCAUAUGUAACAGGGCAAGCUAUUACACAGGAAGGAGGAGGAGCCAUCUUUUCCCAGAAUCCAAUUUCGUAGUUAAUCAACAGCCCACUGUCAGCGCAAGAGGCCUGGACGGACAAACAUUGGAAUCCUAUCCGAAAAUAGUCCUUGGAGAAAGCCGAAGGUUGCCCAAGCCUGAUGAUAUCACUUGCUCAAUUUGCUUGUCUGAAUACAAGCCUAAAGAAACGCUUAAGACCAUUCCUGAAUGCCAGCAUUGCUUCCACGCUGAUUGUAUUGAUGAAUGGCUUAAGUUGAAUGCUUCUUGUCCCAUUUGUCGGAAAUCGCCUGACCGCUUGCUGCCGCCACCAGCCCAACCUUCAUGAUUUUGGAUUCCUUUGUAAACUUUUUUUUCUGCAUUGAAAACAUUUGUAUAUAAAGUUUUUGCUUGGGUUAAUAAUUAGAAACCCUUGUUUUC